CCGUCUUCUCCGUCGUGUAUUUCACCUGCUCGAACUAUCUUCAAAAUGCUACCAUCAGUAAUGGCAUCCACAUGCUAUCGACACGUAACGCUAGUGCUGUUACUGUUAUGUGUUGUGACAUGUCCCACCGAAAGCCGAUACCGGGAAAAGGAACCUAAGAAAUCGAAACCCGCUCAGCUAAAUCAGGUCCCCAUCAGUGAAACCGUGCCUUCACUGUUGAACCUAUGCUCCGGUGAUCGAGAAAUGAAACUAGUCUGCCACUGUAGUCCAGACGAUCCUCAUGUGAAGGCGCAGAAAGCCAAUUGUUGGAUAUUUAGCAAAGAUUUACCCUGGAAAGAUCCCAAUUGGUUAGCAUUCCAAACACAAACAACGCUGGAGCAGCUAAAGAUCACCGUUCAAAAGAUUGGGAACCUCACAUAUAUUCCAUCGGAUGUACUGAUUACUCUCAAAUAUCUCAAACAGCUUACGAUAGAAUACGGCAUGAUAACCAAUGUGUCCGAGUACGCUUUUGGUAAUGUAACAGAACUGAGAAACCUAACGCUUCACAAGAACCAGAUUCGGCUUAUUCAUCCUUUUGCUUUUGCCAACCAUCCAUUCCUAGAGGAAAUAAAUCUUGAGCGGAAUGAGAUCAUCGAGCUGGAUAAAACCGCACUGGUGAAUUUGCCACAGUUGAAGAAACUCAACUUGGACUUCAACAAUCUGACGAUUCUGCACGGAGAUACUUUUGCGUAUUUAACCUCCUUGGACGAACUGGACAUGGAAUCGAACCAGGUAUCGGUGCUAUCAAGAGAGAGCUUCAAAGGCUUGGGAAAUUUGCGAUUCCUGAAACUGUCGGCCAACAACAUUGGCUACAUUGGCGAUACAGUGUUUGCGGAGCUUUGGAGUCUACAGGAGUUGUACCUGGAUAGCAAUCAAAUUGAGAAAGUGUCGGCUCGUGCCUUCGAUGGGCUGAACAACCUUCGGAAACUGAACCUGGAGAACAAUCGAUUAACGCGACUGGAACGGGGAAUUUUCACCGGCGUACCAGCGGUGCUGACGCUCAAUCUUAACGCGAACCAGCUGGAAACGAUCACCUACAACAACUUCCUACCCUUGAUGGAUAACCUCGUAAAUAGCACGGCGGUUCUAUACGUGAGAGACAAUCGACUAAUCUGUGAUUGCCGUCUGUUGUGGUUGUUCGAUCUGUACAACACCACCAAAAACGAGAAUCUACGAUACAUGCUACAGCAAAUCGAAUGUCUUUUCGAACCCAAGGAUAACCGAGCACUUGUGGCUCAUUCAAUCCAAAAUCAGCUCAUUGACUACUCUCGGCCGCAUGACAUUCUCGGCCACGAUGACAACGGAGCAGACUACGAGGAUCUGCACCACAUAUCGACUUCCCCGUUUGGCGGAAAUCAUCAACCGGUGCAGCGAGGCGGUGCUCAUCAGUUCGCGACGUCAAUCAACGGGUACCCUCCGAUCCGAUCGGACCACUACGAGCCGGGCGUUGGGCUGCCGCCCAGGGUAAGUCAGCAAACGUCGAAAACUAUCAACGGCAAGCAGGUGAUCCCGCUGAUGAAACUACGCAAGGAAGACCUGUUGCCAUGUGCCAAGGAGCUGGACGAGCCCACUGAGCUGCCCCUGUCAAGGGAGUCCAUCGGAAUGGAUCCGGUCUAUCGGUCGUCGCUGGCCGCCAGUGCUUCUUCCGAUUCCGGUGGAUCAAUGCAGCGGAAUUUCAGAUCGAUCCGGACGACGGUGGUGCUGGCGGUGUGUCUGCCACUGGUACUAGCUCUCGCGGGGUGUUAGCUUCGCACUCGCUGCUAAUUAGGUGCUGGUGAUAGAUGGUAACGAGACAAAGUGAGGUAGUUAAAGAAUUUUAUAAUCGUAAGUAAUUUCAAAUGCACCCCUAUGCGGCAUAGUGCGAUGACGUGGCGAAAUGAGGAAUCUAUAGAACUCUUGAUGUGUAUUUCUAAGCGAGGAAAGGCUGAUCGAGUGUACAAUGGUUUCUGUGAGUGUGAGUUCUAGUAGACAGUGAGAUAUAUGUUUGGUUUCCGCCAUUUAGUUGUGCCACGUGAGUUAAGCCAAUUGGAUAUUAAAAGCUUUAGAAACAAAAACUAUUAAUCUUGUUCUGUUCAUGGUAGGUAGAUACUGUGUGCAACAUUCAAAUUGGUUUGUAGGAUUGGAUAAGAUUGAUGUGAUUUUAUAAAAUUUCGCAAAGUUAGUGUUUGCGUUAAAUAUAUUUUUACAUUUUAAACACUGUUUUGAUCAUGAAACUCAAGUUACAAUCUGUUGUAGUUAUAGUUGCAAUUGUUGAUAUAAGUUUAUAAGUUUAUAAC